CAGCUGCAGGGCGGGGGUGUGGCGCAGAUGGGGCACAGGUGGCGUCACUCAGGAGUCCACCUGCUGGUGCUCCAGCCGCUCACCGGCCGAGUGAUGCUGAAGAAGAGGUUCCUCACCUUCCAGCCCGCCGAGCACCUCGAUCUGGCCUCCGCCCUCCGCGACCUCCAGCCAGGGAGGGUUGUGGUGCUGGCUGCUGUGCCCGAGUGGGUGAUGUUCCUGGGGCAGGCGGGGGAGUCGGCCCUCGCAUCCCUGGGGUUCAGGUGGCCCCAGCACGUGGCGUCGGGGGAGGCGUGGGCAGGGGUGGCCAUCUUAGGCCACGGGGUGGUGGCAGAGGCGGCCACAGCAGUGCAGCCACGCCAGUACCCGGCCAACACACUUCACCUGCUGACUACUCUACCCAAAGGAACGCAAGAAGGUAAGGCUUGCGAGUGGUACCUGGAGGCUGAGCUACGUCUUCAAGGGAGGUUCUGUAGGAGGUUUGAAGGGUAUGGUGACCUGUGCUCCUGUGUCGCCCCCUUCAGCCCCGCCGUCAGGUACAAGCAGGAACAACUGGUGAUGAAGGAGCAGAUCCCGGUAGUGGUGGUGACAGCCAGCAAUCCUCGACACCUCUACAGAGUGUUGAGGAACUUGUUCAGCAUCCCCGGGGCGGCGCAGACGGAGGUGUUGGUGGCUGUGGACGGCGCCCACCAGGAGGCCCUGGCCCUGACGGAGGUGUUGGGCGUGGGCGUGGUGGUCCACAGACCAGAGGGCGUCGGCAAUAACCGCACCAACGCCAACGUCAGGUUCGCCCUCUACAGCGUCUUCAGGAGCUUUCCUCAAGCUGACAAGGCCAUAGUGGUCGAGGACGACCUCCUCCUCUCCCCAGACUUCCUCAGCUUCUUCCACCAGGCGGCGUGGCUGCUGGAUAAUGACCCCACCAUCUUCUGCGUGAACGCCUUCAACAGCAACAGCCUGCCGGGAAUCGCUUCCGACACAACCAAGAUGCUGAGGUCGGAGUCCUACCCCAUGUACGGGUGGAUGGUGGCCAGGAGCUACGCCAGGCAGGUCAUCACCAACUGGAUUCCUGAGGGACCAGGUGACUGGGACUGGUGGCUGAUGAGGGCGUGGGCGCAGCGUGGGCGUGAUGUCGUGUCUCCGGAGGUGUCCAGGACGUUCCACGCAGGCAACGCCGGCGCUCACGUUGACGGGUUCGAGCAGCACCUCUACUACAGCCGCAUGCUCACAUCUCAAGUCCCACACAUUGUUCUCCAGAACCUCAGCAGCAUCAUCCUGGAAAACUACUUGGAGGAGAUGAAGAGAGAGAUAGAGGCGGCGGAGAUGGUGAUCCCUGACCCGAGCGAGGAGAGCUUCCUGCCGGAGGGUCGUCCGGGACCGUUCGUCGUCUUCGUCAGGUCCGGCACGAGAACCGACGAGUUCUUCGGCAUACGGCUCUUCUUAAUGAGGCUGGGGUCGUACUUCUGGGAUACUCGCGAGAUCUUCCGCGGCGUGAUGAGGCUGAAGUAUCAGGGCCGCCUCCUCUAUGUGGUGGGCUGCCCACUCUCUCAGCUCUUCUGCCGGUACAACCCUAAGGGGACGUUCUUCCUGGCUCCCUCCAAGGACCUCAUCACCGCCGUCAGCGAGGCCAACAACCUCUACGAGCAAAGCCUCUACGAUGUCGUCUCCCGGGUCAGGCAACCGACUCAAGAUCUACAACAGGAGGCCGACCUCCUUAACUACGUCACACGGCCUCGAGGUGCCUCCAGCAGGAGGUCGACCUUCACUGAGAGGUCGACCCUUGGCACAAGGUCGACCUCCAUAUUACCCCGUCACGAGGCAUGAAGGUGCUGCUCCCUCAGCAAGAGACACUCUCUAAGACGACCACGAGAUCGAGUGAAGGAAAUUACUAGACCCAUUACUCGACCUCAGCGCCAUCUGAGUGGCUCGACCUUCAUUCAGAGUCGACCCCAAAACAAUUUCUUCA